AUGGUUGAAUGAUGCUGGUCGAGGAGCUACACACAAAACACUGACAUCUUGCAUUGAAAACUUAAAGUGCAGAUAGCGUGCAAAUAGUUUAUUUAUCUUAUUCAAUGGUGGUCUGGGCUACAUUUGUAGCAUGUUAUUGAUGCAUAAGUGAUAAAAGUCAGAUUUUAAGGAUAGACAAGAGUGACAGAAUUGAUGGAAUAAUGAGGGCGCAUUUACGGAAUCCGAGUUUUUUCAUAUUUCCCACCGCAUGUUUUUUUAUUCUUUUUCUUGCCAUUUCUAAUGUGCAUUCGGCUGCUUUUUAUGGACAAAUUGAGGAAGGCGCACCUCCUGGAACUCUUGUCGCUGGCUUUCUUUUUCCUCUGGGAGACAAAUGCAAAGAAUUAAACUUGGCUGGACUUAAAACAGUUUUGACAGGGGAGGACUCGUCGGAUUUUUCACUUGAAUAUCUGGACAACGCUGGAUUCGUUUUAAAAACCACCAAAACUUUUGACAGGGAAUCCAAAUCGAGCUAUUCAGUGAGCGCGCGCUUGCCGCGCUGCAGUAAGACAGACGAAGAAGUGUCAGUUAAGAUCGAGAUACUUGAUAAAAACAACAAUACGCGACAAUUUAACGUAACAACUGACAGGAUAGAGAUUCUUACCGAUGUUAAAAGCCGAGUUAGGAAGCCAAGAACCGUUUCUGAAGAAGUAUCCUACACCGUUACAGUUUCUGAAGAUGUGAAAGUCGGAGACUUGAUCUUUACGGUACCGGACCAGAAGUUCGAGAAGAAAUGGUUCGAGGUGGUGUCGGACGGGAACUCACCGGUCCAGAUGGAAAGAGACUCCGGACGCGUGUACUUAGCGUAUCGUUUGAUGUCAACAGCCGAGGUCAUGGUCAAAAUCCACAACAUGAGAGAGCACACCCCAGCAACAACAGAGCGAGGGGCACUCGCUCGCACAUCUCCAUUUUACAGGACGACUCGUCAGUCAGUACUUGGGUAGUGUCCAAAGAGCUGGCAGAUCAAAACCCUUCUCCAUACUUCUAAAAAGCGCUCCAAAAUUACCGUCACAGCAGAGAGAGCGAAGGCCCUCGAGCGCCCCCUCCCCAAAACCUGCCGAACAACACGCUGCCCUUGUCAGCCCGUGACAGCUCCCAUCUCGCAUCUGCUCUUCAGUGAGCGAGUCGAAUCAGACAGGUUCUGGCCUGGGAGGCUCCGUCAUCUCACUGUGUCUCCUAAUGCUUCCAUUCAGUGUAGUGUCAGGCCUCACGGAAAACUUCAUGCCUGCUUCCUGUCUCCUUUCCUUUGGGUUUUGUGUUAAACAUUGAACCAUGCAGCUCCACUUAAGUGCAGAGUUGCAUUCUAAAGUUUUACUUGAGAAUAAAUUAGCAGCCUCGCUGAAAAAGACCAGUAUGU